UUGGUUGCCUGCCGCUUGUUGCUUGCGUUUGAGUUCAAUCGAGUGAAGCGUGUGGGUUCUGAGAAAGAGUGUGCUAACAAAAUCAAUGGCACUGAUGGUGUCCAAAACAAAGAUGCUGGACUGAGGCUCUUGUUACAUUUGAAGAUUGUUUGUCAUGUAGAUCUAGAGCUGUACUGUAGAGUCAACAAUUACAGGAGCAAUGUUCCCAGCAAGAAACAACUUUGGCUACACAGGUCAGGUCCCAAACCUCGCCAAUGGCUUUAGAUUUCAGCAGAGAUCCCCACUUUUUGGGCAUAAUAUGCCUUUUAUUCCACUGUACCAUAUGCCAGGUUAUCAACCUAUGGGUGGUAUGCCACCUCGGUUUCCAGUACAAAUGCCAAGGGGACCUGCACACGCUAAUAACAGGGGAAAAAGGCGCCAUGCUCCGUUUGCAAAUCCUCAACCAUCAAAGAAAGCUCGCACAUCAGACUCUCAUCUCUCUUUACAAGAAGUGGCCCCAGAUGAAGAAGGAAAGCGUUAUAAAGUCCCAGUGAGCCAAGGGACAGAGAAGAUUACUGUUGCCAUUUGGAAUUACUUCCUUAGAGCACAGAUGACAGAUGAGGACCUCAAGAAAAAAAUGAAGCUUCGUAAAAGCCUUCAUACAAUUUUUGAGGGGGCUUUUCCAGGUUGUCGCCUAUUUAUUGUUGGAUCUUCAAUGACCGGAUUUGCUACGAAGUCAAGUGAUGUGGACAUGUGCUUCAUGAUCUCAGAAAAAGAGAUUGACCAGAAGGGGGAUGCUACUUUCAUUCUGAGUUUAAUUGCAAAGGCCUUAGGACGUUGCUCGUUUGUCCGCUCUCCACUUGUGAUAAGAGCGAAAGUUCCCAUCUUGAAAUUUGAAGAUCGUAAUUCAGGAGUAGAAUGUGAUUUGAACAUCAACAACACCAUCGGCAUCAGAAACACACAUCUACUGCGACACUAUGCAUACAUGGAUUGGAGGGUUCGACCUCUCAUGCUGUUCAUCAAGCGCUGGGCAAGGUACCAUGACAUCAAUGAUGCCAGCAAGAAAACUAUCUCCAGCUACUCCCUGUCUCUUAUGCUCAUUCACUAUCUACAAGCUGGUGUGAGACCUGCAGUGUUACCCUGUCUUCAAAAUCUGCAGCCUGACAUGUUUAGCUCAUCUAGAGAUGUGCGCAAGCUUUCUCUGAGUAUGGAGGAUGUGGUGGACUUUUCUUCACAAAAUGCAGCGACUCUGGGAGAACUCUUUCUAGGCUUUCUCAACUACUAUGCAAAUGUCUUCAACUAUGACGAUGUGAUAAGUAUACGGAUGGGCAAGAAACUGAAUCCACGAGAAGCUUACCAGUGUGGGAUUGACAUCAUGCAAUGGAAAAAUUUGCGCAUUGAAGAACCCUUUGAGGGGUCAAAUACAGCAAGAUCAGUCUAUGAUGUGCAUGUGUUUUGGAGGAUAUUGAGAGUAAUCAGGGCCAGCUUCACCGCAUUAAAACAGUCCAGAGAUGUUGAUUCGAUACUUUCCAGACCAUUCUAAAUCCCCACUGAUACUUUUUGAUUUUGAACUGAGACAUAUGCUGACAGGACUAUGGAACAUUUGCUGGUUGUCAUAUUUAUUUCUAAUUGCUCCUCAUUUGAAGAAAUAAAUGAAGUGUGAAGGUAGUAUGAACUGGGUUUUGUUGCUAUAUAUGCUACCGGGUACUUUAAAAUGAAUGGUGAGUAAGUCAAUUUUUCAAAACUUGUGAGAUAUUCUCUUGUAGCUGUACUAAGCAUAGUAUAAUAAUGUUCUGUUUUCAGUGUCAAGGAAGACACCAGAAAUCUUUUCAUGCUAUUCAGUUGAACUUUCUAUUGAAUUUUGAUUAUACUUUUACUACCUUCGUGGCUAUCGCCUUCAAGCAAGAGACCAAGGGACUUUUGCAUAUUAGAGAAUGUUUUGAAAGGUUUUUUAAAAUUCAGUCUGAAGUCUGUAUGCAUAAAAAAGACAUUCAAAAGCUGCACUAACCUGAAUGAGGCUUAUUGGCAUUUAUAUAUAUAAAUCUGUGGGGAAAGUUACCAGAAUACAGCUUACUAAAAAAUGGGGUAUUGACCCAUCUGUCAAGGAUGAAUUACUAAUGGAUAGCUGAUAUGGAAUUUUCAUUGUGUUUGUCACCCUGUAUGGACUUGACAGUGGUUCUUUAACAAAUAGCAUUAUGUGCAUAUUUUGAUCUUAGAUCUUUCCUACUUUUUUGUUAGUAUAAUACAGUUGAGCACAGAUAUCUUGAACACAUCAGGUUGACAAAUGUGUUUGACACAUCCGUAAUUUGAGUGUACCACCGUGAUAACCAAAUAUAAGAUCUGUUACAUAUAUAUGCGGAAAAAAA